GAGUUAUCGCGAUUCACAACAAUGUUCUCAACAGAAACGCAAAUCACGAGAUAAUCGAAUGAUGUCGCAUAACGAUCAAGACAUUUCAACAGGGAAUGUAAGAUUACUUUCGAAAUAUGGCAUUGAACCUCUUCCAGUUCGUUAUUUGAAUCAUCUAGAACAUACGCCAACAUUCAAAUCUCUGUUGACACCUCAAACUGAACAGUUACAAAAGAAAAGAGAGGUAGCGGAAGGUGCUGAAUGUCUUAUCAGAGGUGAUGAAAGCGACGAACCAAUCCGUAGUCAUAUUUUCCGUACAUGCGAGAAUUCAUAA